AUGGACCCGGAUUCUGUUAAACAUUCAACUGCUGAGACAGACAACCAAAGGAUGCGUGAGUUGAUGGACAGGACUCCGUCAACAAGACACUCCUUGAAGACAGACUGUAAAAUCGACGGAAGGAAAACCGCAAACCACAAUAUGAACAGUGAAUGUGAUAAUAUUGUUUCAACUCCAGGGGGAUCGGACCUCCAGGAGUCGUUGGUAGCAGGUGGAUGUGGUUCGAACACCAGGUCCAACGAAGCGGGCUUGUUGCCUUCGUCAUCAGGCAACCACAACAUUCGGAUGAGGGGGUGUCAAGCAUGGCCCCAGCUUCUGUAA